AUGGCAACAACAAUAGCAAAGCAAUACACGCGCCUCCUCACUCUCUGGCCAAAGGACGCCCUGCGCCCAAACCUGCCCUUCACUCGCGUAAUUGAGCACCGCAGCCAGCCUUUCGGUGUACAGCCCAUCACUCCGCCCUCCGACGACGCCCCCAAGUCACAGUCGCCAGCAGCCACAGCCACAGCUCCAGCCACUCCUUCACCCCCACCAAACCCCAAACUCGAACAGGCCCAAGUAAACGCCCUCUACUCGUUGCUCGAGAACAGAUACACCAUAAAGUAUGCCCUGUCACCAGCCAUGUUCAAGCCCACGUCCUCCCCCGACCACUACACAAAGCUGAUGGAAGAAAUCGACCGCGCCCCCAACAAGACGUGGUGGCAGUCCAAGGUCGACCAGUGGAAGAACAAGAUUCGAUGGUCAUGA